AUGGAGAAUCACGGCAAUGGCACUGGAAAUACAAACACAACUCCAACGGUGAUAGAAAAAAUGAACCUGACUGAGCUCGCCUUCAUAACUGUGUUGUACUGCUUACUCGUCGUGACAAUCAUUACCGGAAAUGGACUCAUCCUGACUUCUUUUGCAAUGAACCGGAAGUUAAGAACCGUGACCAAUACGUUUAUCGUCAGUUUGUCGUUGAGUGAUAUCCUUGUGGGUCUCGUGUCUAUCCCCUGCUGGAUAUACAUCUUUCUGAGUCAGUACACCGAGCGCCCUUACACCAACGUAGGAUACCAAUUCUACAUCACGUCUGACAUUUUUAUCGGGAGCGCUUCCAUUUUACAACUGACGUCCAUCAGUAUCGAACGCUGUCACGCAAUCGUCAGGCCGUUACGUCACAGAACUCUUCCCAUGAAAGUGUUCUACGCCAUGAUAGCAAUUCCGUGGUUGUACGCCGCCAUAAUGGCGAGCUUGCAACCGGUGCAAUUCAAGCGCUGGACAGAAGUGUACACACUUCUCAUGACAACCACGUGCUUUUUCGUCCCAUUUGUAAUCAUUCUCGUCGCGUACAUCACCAUCUACGUGUAUGCGCGAUCAAGGCCCAUAAGUACGCUAUCACGUCACCGUGUACCCAAGAAAGCCUACAACAACGAGAUAAGGUUAUCUGUCACGGUUGCCAUGAUAACCCUGCUGUUCAUCAUAGCGUGGAUGCCACUGUUCGUUGUCAGUGUCUUAGCAACCUACCAUCCACAAAAACUACCCUCCCAACUGGGGACGGAUCGACUCUUAAAGUUUGUUAAGUUCUGUCACUACAGCAAUAGUGCCAUUAACCCUUUCGUGUACGCCUAUAGGAAUCGUGAGAUGAUAAACACAUUUCGUUAUCUUGGUUACAAGCUGCUCUGCAAGGAGCGCAGCUUCGAUGUGCCUUUUCUGGCCACAGGAACGUCGUUUGUUCGAUCUUACAACAGAAGUACGUGGCACCAGGGAUCAUCCAGGAAUGGAAAACUUCCAGAAAAGAAACACAAAGAACAAAGCUUUAUGAUGAUUUCGACAGUGUGAAUAUCACUGACUGCACCUGUACGAGAGAACGUCACUCACAGUUGACCCAGAGGCAGAAGCAAAACAUAGUCAGUUCAUUACACUGAGGCAAAAUGCUAAUAAUAAAUAUGAUAGCUUAAAGAACUGUAGACUAACAGCGACUUGUUAGCUGACUUUGUGAGGCGGUUAAUAAUUGAAUCGGCUAAAGUAAGUGUGAAUGGAAGGUAGAUUGAUUCAUAGAUAGAUCGAUUGUUUGAUCAAUUGACUGAUUGACGUGAAGCAAAUUGCAAGCCGAAUUUGCCAUGUAUUUUCAACCAAGGACACCUUUCUGAUCAAAUAUCGGCAUUGCAGAUCGCGCAAAGCUGCUGGGUAUGGCUUGUGGAAAAAGUCUUCCUCAACAUGAAAAACGAAAAGAAACUUAUUUACUUAAUGUUGCAUUGAUUUCGGCGUUUGUUAGAAAUACUGGAUGCAAUGUCCAGCGCAAAUUCGAGCAAAAUAAACUCUGUGAGUUGGACAAUUUUGAUGAACUUGAUAACCAAGAAUCGGCCUGCAAGUGAUAAAAAACCUUAGACUCCACCGAUCAACGCCAAACUGAAAACUGUUUGCUUUUCUAAAAAAUAAUUUUUUUCAGGCAAGUGGCUUUACAUUCAAGAUGGCCGUGCAUGACCGGAUUUAGUACUCGUCUUCCUCUUAGCACUUAAAUAAAAUUCUCAUUUUCCUUAAUUUGAUAAAGCGCAACCUAUCAAGUAUUGGGACAUGAGAAAUAUCUGGCCAAAUAGUGAGUCACUAUUUUAAUUUACUUUGAUUUUAUGUUUAACAGAAACCUUACUUUUCACCUGCAAGUCGCGUUAAUCGUGUUAAGCAAAAAUGAUAGCGUAGCGGCAUCCUGAUUUGUUGGGUCGUUUGAUUGCGGAAAAGCAAUUAAUGGAAAGCUCGAGCUGGGCCUGCAAAUC